AUGGCGGCGGAUGUGUGAAUCUGUGAAUCCUCCAGACAGGCCAUUUCUUGGUUGCAUUUUCCCUCGUGUGAUUUGAUCAAGGCGGAAAGAUCUUGUUAUUUAAGGUGAGACAAGCUUUCAGUACAUUAAGGAUACGUUAGUCACACAGGUUACACAGGACACUGCCGUCCUCUUGCGAAAUCUUUCAAUGACACUGCAAUGGUUUUUGAUGGUAAUGUACAUCAUGAUCGCAUCGAUCACUUGAUUUAAACUGCGUUCGGCAUUUAGUCAAGCAUAUCAUUCCGAUUGCAGCGUAAGUUGGCCGAUAAACCAAUUUAUUUCUGAUCAUUUUACACGCCCUGAAAGCUUCGGAAGUUGAUCUGAAAUGUGCGAACAUAGAAGUGUCCUUUAUUGCACUUUGACUGAAAAUAAAAUAAUGUUCUAUGGAGUAAGUAUGUUCUAAGGGCAUUUCUUACCUUAAACAAGACAGCAGAUUUUAUCCCGUGUAAUUUUCUGAUCAACUCUCCACUGUAAUAUAUCUCUAAGUAGCUAUGUAGCAUCACUCCUUCCAGCCUGAGUGAUUUUUAUCUCAUCUCACAACAAAUUAAGUGACUUCGCUUGAGAUAAUCGGCAACAAAAUUAUUAAGGCAUUUUACUCAACUAGGGUAAUAAGUACAGAGAAGAAAAGAAUCUACCUCCCUCCCCACUCGCCUUCAUUCAAAGUUGCAGUUUUUGUUGCUUUAACUAUAGGUAGCUCGAACAGCGACACAACAUUGCAUGGAGGGGAUGGGGGAGGAAAAGCUUUAUUUGCCGUUGAGAAGUCAGUAAAGCAUCGGCUUUAGGGCAAAGUGUCUCAACUACUUUGUAAUUUUGUUGCCGAUUGUAGCUCUAGAUUGUAACAAUACACACUUUCCUCCACUUAAGAAAAGGAAACGAAAAAUAGAACAGUUUAUUGAAUGUUGAUUAAUUAUGCCAAACUCGUAAUUGAAUAUGAUUUAUGCGCAAAUGUUCCUUUUUUUUCACUCUAAUGAAUAGAUCUUUGCGCUAUUGAUUGCUGUUUCAUGCAAAUGAAUGCAUAUUUUCUCGCAAUAAACAGCAAAAGGUGUAAUUCUUAUAAACUUUUCUUUUGAUGAUGCAUGGAUAUUGUCAGGAGAAAAUUAAUGUUGGUCACUAUUGGGACUUAUAGCGAAAUUUGUUGUAUCCCGCUGCGCAUUUUGCAUAUUUUGGGUUUUUGUUUUCCCUCAAUCAUCUUAGCGGACCUCUUAGGAAAUACAUAUUUAGUUGCAUGAGUUCAAAAGGUCAUGGUUUGUCAUUUGUGAUUGGUGGAUGUCGAUCUGUUUUGUUUGUUUCCUAUUACAAGGCUUGUUGCUUUGUGAUCGUCCUGUUUUGGGCAAUAAUCGACUAGUUAAGUUUGCUUCGCAGGUUUUUAGGAUUUUUCUCAUUCUUGUCACUUGCAAGAAUAAAGCAAUGUCUGCCUACUUCUUUUGACAAAAAAUCCACUCACCAUCGUGAUUUCCUUCGCUAUUCUUGAGCAGUCGGAGUCAUUCUCAGCCAAGCUGGGUGAACACGUUACAUUGUGAGUUGCAGUAACCUUGCCUUCACUAAUAUGACUGACGGAACAGAAAAACCCAAAAUCCGUUCUAAGUUUGCGAAACGUGCAGCACAAUACAACAAAUUACACUGUAAAGGGUUAACAAAGUGUCUAUGUCUAAAUGAUCUUGAAUAACUGCUAUGAAGAUUUUCAAAAACUGAUAUAUUUUUGCAAGCCUUUCAAAAGUUUCCACAAAACCUACAGCAAAAAAUAGGGAGGCGUAGAUAACGCUAAAUAAAUGAUAAAAUAAACCUCUAAUUGUACCAUUCGUGUUCGUAGCAAGAUAGAAAACACUACAAAGUUGCAAAUUUAAAAAUAAAAUACUUUUUGUCAUGUGUAAAUGAAAUCUCUUGCUGUUCCAUGCAUCACGACUUUGUAUCAUUUUACUACAUGCAAUAGUGACCUAACAUUUCUAAUGCUGGAGAAAAGGUAUUGAUUUUAUUAUUUACAGUUUUUCUAAGACUAUGAAAUUCAUUUGACUCCAUUUUGAGACAAGAAACUUCAACUACGCUGCAGCAAGACAAGUGCUUGUUUGUUUACAUUUUAUUGGUAGAAAUAUUUUUUUCCUAUGGCUGACGACCAAACGUUUUCUGUUUUUGUCUCAAAAGUGCAGAAUGAGCGGGGAAUUUUGUUGUUAAUUUAACGGAAGUUAUACUGAGAAUCAUGAUUUUCAUGCACCCGUUCAGGCUUUUUGUUUCAAAUUUUGGUCACCCAUAAGUAAAUUUUAGGAGCCUCUGGCGACCAGGCCCCUAUUAGGCAGUAGCCUUGACACUGCCUAAUGUAAAGGAUGUACAUACAUACCUUGACAAGUACAGAAAAAGUUUUGAUAUUUCAAAAGUUAGACUUCAUGCAAAAAAUACUGAGUCAAUUUUCCAAACUUUAAGAUAAAAAACCUUUCGUUGUUCCUUUUUAUUAACUUUGCAUAUGCACUUGUACAUACAAGUGCUCUUGCCUUUAUCAUUUGCUGUUUUGCGAAUGGUUGUUUGUAUUUUUGUUGAGAAAUAAAUCGUGUCUCAAAAUCCGUUCAAGUGGUGAAUACAAAAAAUGCCUGUUUCUCGAAAUUAAAGACUCAAUGUUUGCAUUUUGAAACUCAAUUUGUUGGAGUUUGAAGUAUUCUUCUGUUUUCAUUUCAUCAUGCAGUGCUCAUUAUCGUUGUGUAAUGAGACAAAAUUGUCUGUGUUUCAAGGAAAGAGAAUGAAGUUUCGAGGAAGAGGUCAAGAUUGUCAACUUUAGAUACAGACACUAUCAAUAUGGUCAUUCUGAUGAACUAAUUAAAACUACAAUCACAGACAAAAUUAGUUGGGAAGGUUGUACAACUUAACAGUAGUCCAUUUUAAUCCUGAAAAAAGAGAGUUUUCUCUUUUGCUAAAUAUCCCCCGUCCCCCCUAUUCAGUGUUGGGAUAUAACAGGACAAUUACGCGCACAAACAUUAACGUUUUGAUCAAUAUGGGGCCAGGGGUGGGGGGAGGAAGAAAAAGAAGAGGUAAAAAAGGCAACCUUCCCAACACUUUUGAUGAUGAUUGUAGAAGAAUAGGAAAUCAGCUUUAAACGCUUAUAAAACUUGUCGUAUUUAACAUUUGAUUGAGAUUUCUCGCCCUGGAACUGUGCUGAUAAUGCACUUUUCAAACUAUAUAAAAAAUAUAAUAAAGGUUAUAUUUCAGUAAAAUCAUAAAUAGGAGAAUUUUGCAUCUGACGUGCGUGACAUUUCAUAGCGUGACCACAAAAUCCACUGGGUGAAAACGCUUUCUUCUACAUUUCAGGCCUUUAAUUUUCCUCAUGAAGCAAGAGGACAUUUUCUUCGCGUGGACUACGUAGAAAGAAUGGCCACGGGUGGUCUGUUUCACUAGAUUUAACGAAAGUCAUGAGGGUAUUUUUAAGUAACAAGUGCUAUACGAUUGCUGUCGUUGUCAUCCAUACAUGUAUCUUUUUCAUCAGUGGCAUUAUUCCUGGUUAACUUUUGCCGUUUCCGAUCAGCGAAAUAUUUUGAAAGAUGUUACAAAUAGAAAUGGCAGAAAGGCUGCCACAAUAAAGUUUUUUUUCAUUCCGGCGGUGUUAAACUAUCCUAGAAAAACGUGAUGUGUACAGUACCGCAAAUGAUCCCCAAAAUGGACCGCAAAUGAUCCUCAAAGUCGACCGCAAAUGAUCCCGAAAGAAAAAUAGGACUCAAGUUUGUGGAUCAUUGUGUCAAUUUUAUUAUUAUUAUUACAAAACGUCACAUUAAAAGCGAAAUUUUGCUUCCCAAAUAAUUACAUAAAUAAAAAGUAAAUGAAAAAAUAUCUUUCAAGACAUCGUUAAAUCAAAAUGUCUAUUGAGACAUUUUUUCGUUGAUAACAAACGAAAAAUAUAAUAUUCGUCAACUCUUUUGAAAACUGAAUAAAGGCGGGAUUUUUUCUUUCCAAAUUUACACUGGCGUUUGUUUUUUUAGUUUUUAGAAGUUUUGUUUGGUUGAAAUAUUAAUGGGGCCAGUAACUUGUUUACAUGAGACGCCAACUGCAUGUGCAAGUUAUAUUUAAGCAUCCUACUAAGCUAGGUGCGUCUUCAAAGUUUAGUAUAGAAGUGACAUAGGAAAGAUCUGCGAUCACCGGGGACGUACGAUAGCCCGAGUAGAGAGUCUGGGAGCAGAAAAUCUAGAGGCUCAGGAACACUAUUCCCGUUAUAAGAAUAGCACUUUUUUGUGUAUUACUAUGGUCCCGUCAGUCUCCAAAUACUUGUUAAAUGGAAUACCUAGCCACGUGCUUACCGUAAUCCGAAUGUUGACAUUGUUUCUGGCUGGGAUAAGUAAAAAUAAACAUAACUACCGCUUACCUCGCUUUUGUGUUUUUCUUUACGAGGUUUAGAUUCCUGGUAACUGUCUCCAGCAAAGGCACAACGAAUGAAUAUAUUUUUAAGCGUCAAUAUAACUAUUCGCAACAUGUUCAUAAGCUGUAACGAAGUUGCUAUUUCGAAAUAAACCAAAUUCUGUGAACGUUGAUAAGUUCCGGGGCAUUUUGACGUUUGUUUAUUUUAAAUCAUGUCUUGUUUCGUUAAACAAGCACUUGGCUUACAAACAAAUGUCUUGCUGUUUAUCACGUAGAAUUAACACUUCAGGGAAUAAUCAUAAUUAAAUAUCUGAAAAUUAAUUCGACACUUCCAAAAAGAUCAGUAAAGUCAAUUAAGCGCUUGUUAUGUAAAGGGUUUCUGGCUUUGUAUUCCUCAGCAGACAAGUUGAGCUUCUAGGCGUUACACAAAUUUAAUACAAAAUUAAGGAUUUUGUAGACACUAUCAAUAUGGUCAUUCUGAUGAACUAAUUAAAACUAGGUUUAGGUACACUGGCUGUAGGGGUCUGUUCUUGAAAUACAAUAAAACAAAAAAUACCUCUAGUACAGGAAAAAGGAGAUUGGCCCUUGAAUGUUAGUUGAUCCUUUACUACUGUAUGCUACUAUUUGUGCCCUUGAGUUGGAUAAAUAAUAAAUUUGAAGAUUAUCAAUUAACAGUUUAGUGCACCGUUUGUUGUGAGCUAGAAGUGUGACAUAUUAAUAAAGUUACUGUCUUUUUUAUUGGGCCCGUAGAAAUGUAGCUUUUUAGUUUAGGAGCCCAAAGGGCUCCCAAAAAUUCUCUUAGGCAGCAGCCUUGCUCUAAGGUAAAUGCAAAUGUUCCCUCACACUUCCUAACCAUUGGUUACUGCUAGUUAUAGCAGUUCUAAAUUUAAUUCUGGUUUGAGAUAAAUGUGUUUCAAACUGGCAAAACCGGUGGUUCCAUAGCUGAUCGUGUUCCUUAAACUAAUCAAUAUAAGGACCAAAGUCAGUUAAAAAAAAAUUGGUAUUAUUUACUCUUUUUAAGUGAGACUUGAAAUCAUAUUCAUUAUGUUAGCUAAAUAUAUGCACCCCUCUUUCUUGGAAAAAUGGUACCUACAGAACAACAAUAAGGGUGGUCACUGGACUCUUACAAAGAGUAAGAGAAUAAGCCAAUUCCUAGAAUAAACCCUGUUACUCUCGAGGGAGGAUUUAUAGUAAUAUAGGUUUCACUGUGUUGUCUGUAUGAAUGCUGUACGAUGAAUCUUAAUUACCAUUUUUUUUAAAAGUGUGUUAUUUUACAAACCACAAGGAACUCUCAGAUCCAAAUACAAAGUCAACAAAUAAUCAAUUGACCCAUAUUGAUGGAUUCUCUAGUUUGAAGGGUUCAUGUAAAAUUUAAGGUAUGUAAACAGCUGGUUUAUGGUGUGGAACCACUUUUUCAUGAGCAGGUGUCUUAAAAGUUUUCUUAUUUUCCACAUGUCCCGGCAGAAAUUAUCUCAAAUACGUCUUAGUCCAUAAGUGUCUUCAUGGAAUAGCGCCUUCGUACUUACUUUCAGAGUUUAGACACGCGCACCUUUUUCAUGGCUAUAACACCAGAAGUCGUGAUUUGCUGCGCCCUCCCUUCGCAAAAACUACCAAAUACCAAGGUAGCUUCAGAAUAAACGGUACUCGGACCUACAACACCCUACCGAAAAUCAUUAGGCAAGUAGAGACCCUUAGUGAAUUCAAAAUCAAGCUAAAGCGCCACUUUAAACAGUAACACCCGCGUUACAUGUCGUCUUAACUUAAUUAAUUAAUUGUCUAAUUUUAAUGUUUUAAUGUCUUUGUUUUUGUGUUUUGUCAGGGCUCCAUUUAAACUAGCUCUGCUAAAUUGGAUGCCCCUGGAUAAAUAAAUAAAUAAAUAAACACCACCUUUAAACUACUCACUUCAGGCCUCUCACCAUCUAGUCGAAAAGUUUAUGCUGGCGGCAACAAAACCAAGAAUGUGUAUUUACCUAUUUAUGGUUCUUCAUCUUUCCAAAGGUAUCCUAACUGCAAAACCUUUAAAGCAGAGCAACCUCAAUGUCCUUUGAGUGUCAGCAAUGUGGCAAGUGUUUUAACAAUGCAGGACACUUUAGGGCUCAUAAAAGAUUCCACAGUGGGGAAAAGCCAUAUGAAUGUAAACAGUGUGGCAAGUGUUUUAGCCGAUCAGGAGUCCUAAGGAGACAUGAAAGAGCUCACACUGGGGAAAAGCCUUAUGAAUGUAAACAGUGUGGUAAGUGUUUUAGUGUAGCAGGAAACCUAAGGAAACAUGAAAGAGUUCACACUGGGGAAAAGCCUUAUGAAUGUAAACAGUGUGGCAAGUGUUUUAGUGUAGCAGGAAGCCUAAGGAGACAUGAAAUAGUCCACACUGGGGAAAAGCCUUUUGAAUGUAAACAGUGUGGCAAGUGUUUUAACACAGCAGGAAACCUAAGGAAACAUGAAAAACUUCACACUGGCGAAAAGCCUCAUGAGUGUAAACAGUGUGGCAAGUGUUUUAGCCGAUCAGGAGUCCUAAGGAGACAUGAAAGAGCUCACACUGGGGAAAAGCCUUAUGAAUGUAAACAGUGUGGUAAGUGUUUUAGUGUAGCAGGAAACCUAAGGAAACAUGAAAGAGUUCACACUGGGGAAAAGCCUUAUGAAUGUAAACAGUGUGGCAAGUGUUUUAGUGUAGCAGGAAGCCUAAGGAGACAUGAAAUAGUCCACACUGGGGAAAAGCCUUUUGAAUGUAAACAGUGUGGCAAGUGUUUUAACACAGCAGGAAACCUAAGGAAACAUGAAAAACUUCACACUGGCGAAAAGCCUCAUGAGUGUAAACAGUGUGGCAAGUGUUUUAGCCGAUCAGGAGUCCUAAGGAGACAUGAAAGAGCUCACACUGGGGAAAAGCCUUAUGAAUGUAAACAGUGUGGUAAGUGUUUUAGUGUAGCAGGAAACCUAAGGAAACAUGAAAGAGUUCACACUGGGGAAAAGCCUUAUGAAUGUAAACAGUGUGGCAAGUGUUUUAGUGUAGCAGGAAGCCUAAGGAGACAUGAAAUAGUCCACACUGGGGAAAAGCCUUUUGAAUGUAAACAGUGUGGCAAGUGUUUUAACACAGCAGGAAACCUAAGGAAACAUGAAAAACUUCACACUGGCGAAAAGCCUCAUGAGUGUAAACAGUGUGGCAAGUGUUUUAGUCCGGUAGGACACCUGAAGCGUCAUGAAAGAGUUCACACUGGGGAAAAGCCUUAUGAAUGUAAACAGUGCGGCAAGUGUUUUAGCCAAGCAGGAGACCUAAGGAGACAUGAAAUAGUUCACACUGGGGAAAAGCCUUUUGAAUGUAAACAGUGUGGCAAGUGUUUUAGUGUAGCAGGACAACUAAGGACUCAUGAAAGAGUUCACACUGGGGAAAAGCCUUACGAAUGUAAACAGUGUGGCAGGUAUUUUAGUGUAGCAGGAAACCUAAGGACUCAUGAAAGAGUUCACACUGGGGAAAAGCCUUAUGAAUGUAAACAAUGUGGCAAGUGUUUUAGUGAAUCAAGAAACUUAAGAAAACAUGAAAUAGUUCACACUGGAGAAAACCGUUUUGAAUGUAAACAGUGUGGCAAGUGUUUUAGCGAAGCAGGAAGCCUAAGGACUCACGAAAGAGUUCAUACUGGUGAAAAGCCUUACGAAUGUAAACAGUGUGCGAAGUGUUUUAACCAAGCAGGAGACCUGAGGAGUCAUGAAAGAUUCCACACUCAGGAAAGGUCACUUAAAUUUUCCCAGAAAAACAAACGUCUUUCCAAGCGUUUGGAAUCCUGUAAACGGAAGAGAGCAGGAAGUGAAAACGUUGAUGUCAGGGCAACAGGCUUUACAGAGAACCAGCAGACACAGAGAGAAACCGGAAACACUGGUGUAACAGAUGCACGAUCGGUCAUUAUUGAGAAACACAGCUGUUGGAUUUGUCAAGAGGAGAUGAGUAGUGAGGCUCUUCUUCUUCAACAUUAUGAAAAUCAUAUGACCCAUGUUUGUGACGAUUAUUCGUAA